AUGAUAUUCAGGAACACCGUUGUGCGUUUAGCACAGGCUGGGAAAAAAGCUAUUCCUCCAGUGAAACUAGCGUACAAGAAUAUGCUAAAAGAUCCAUCGACGAAAUAUAGACCAUACCCACAGAUCAACUUGGAAAAUAGACAAUGGCCUUCGAAGACCAUCACCAAGGCUCCUAGGUGGCUUUCUACCGAUCUAAGAGACGGGAAUCAAUCUUUACCAGAUCCUAUGUCUGUCGAGCAGAAGAAGGAAUAUUUCCAUAAGUUGAUUGAGAUUGGUUUCAAAGAAAUUGAGGUCUCAUUCCCAUCUGCGUCGCAAACAGAUUUCGACUUCACAAGAUACGCUGUUGAAAACGCCCCAGAAGAUGUUUCCAUUCAAUGUCUUGUUCAAUCGAGAGAACAUUUGAUUAGAAGAACAGUUGAAGCUUUGCAUGGUGCUAAGAAAGCCACCAUCCAUACGUAUUUGGCCACCUCCGACAUGUUCCGUGACAUUGUGUUCAACAUGUCCCAAGAAGAAGCUAUUGCUAAAGCUGUGGAAGCCACCAAGUUAGUUAGGAAAUUGACCAAGGAUGAUCCUUCGCAAAGUGCUACACAAUGGACUUACCAGUUCUCUCCAGAAUGUUUCAGUGAUACACCUGUAGAAUUUGCUGUUGAGAUCUGUGAAGCCGUAAAGGCUGCUUGGGAACCAACUGAGGAAAACCCAAUCAUUUUCAACCUACCUGCUACCGUCGAAGUCGCUACUCCAAACAUUUACGCUGAUCAAAUUGAAUACUUUUCAACUCACAUAUCUGAACGUGAAAAGGUCUGUAUCUCCACACAUGCGCACAACGACCGUGGCUGUGGUGUUGCUGCUUCUGAACUAGGUAUUUUGGCUGGUGCUGACCGUGUCGAAGGUUGUUUAUUCGGUAAUGGUGAACGUACUGGUAACGUUGACUUGGUUACUGUCGCAUUGAACAUGUACACUCAAGGUGUUUCUCCAGAAUUAGACUUAUCUGAUAUUAACUCAGUCAUUGAAGUAGUGGAAAGAUGUAACAAGAUUGCAGUUUCACCAAGAGCCCCAUAUGGUGGUGACUUGGUCGUUUGUGCUUUCAGUGGUUCUCAUCAAGAUGCUAUCAAAAAGGGUUUCAAUCUUCAAGAAAAGAGACGUAGUCAAGGUGAUACUCUAUGGAAAAUUCCAUACUUGCCAUUGGAUCCAAAGGAUAUCGGUAGAGACUACGAAGCUGUCAUCCGUGUCAACUCUCAAUCUGGUAAGGGGGGUGCCGCUUGGGUUGUCUUGAGAUCUUUGGGCCUAGAUUUGCCAAGAAACUUGCAAAUUGAAUUUUCCACUCAAGUGCAAGAAAAGGCUGAUGCUCUAGGUAAGGAACUAAAGGCAAACGAAAUUGUCAGCACCUUCAAGUCGUUAUACAACCUCGAUGGAAGCGCCUCCAACAUUUCUUUGUUAGAAUACAAUGUUUCUAAAGUACAGGGUGAUCAGAAGAGUUUUGUUGGUCAAGUCCAGAUCGACAACGAAGUCGUCGGCAUUGAAGGUCUCGGAAACGGUCCAAUUUCCUCUCUAAUCGAUGCGUUGUCAAAUUUGCUCGGUGUUAAACUUGGUGUUGCCAACUACACCGAACAUUCCUUAGGAUCUGGUUCUUCAACAAAGGCUGCUUCUUACGUGCAUAUUGCUUACAGAAGAGAAAUUGACAACGAAAAGGCCUACCAAUGGGGUAUUGGUAUGUCUGAAGAUGUUGGAGAGGCUUCUGCCAAAGCCAUCCUUUCUGCUGUUAAUAACUUGAUCAAAAAGGGCGAACUAACAAUACCAGCUCAUCGUGACUCAGCCUCAGCAUCUGCAUAG